UAUUGAAAAUGAAAGCGCACAAGAAAAGAACCCAACAAGAAUGCAACUCUCCUCUAUUUGUGCUAUACAGACAACACAACACUUCCACUCCCCACUUUUUCCAAAUCAUUGACACCAAGGACCAAAAUCCAUUUUCACACACAAAUAUGCAACCAACUAACUUAGUACUGUAUUAGUUGUACUUCAUUUCUUCAUUAAGUUCCCUUCACUAUUUCCACUUCUUUAAUUUCUCUCUAAAGAUCCUAUCUAUCUUUUUUCUUGAAUUUGGCUAAUUCUCUAGUUUUUGAGCCUGAUUGUUUAGCAUAUGGUUAUGGGUCAGUUCUGUUUUUGGAAAAGUGUGUUACUUUGAGGUGUAUCUAUAAUGGGCAAUUGCUGCUGUAGGGGGCAACCUUCGUACAGAGUCUCUUCUAAUGCAAAAUCUGGUCUAUCGGAAACAGCCUCUCUACCUGCACAAGGUUGGGAUAGGAUAUGCGUACACUCUACCCUCCCCAGAACCCACUUGUGGGAUUACAUUGGAGUCUCCUAAGGAUGAAAGUCCAUCUCAAAAGGCAAGGAUGGAUCAUACAAAGAUGCCUUCAAAUCCUGAAGAAGUAGAAGACCUACGCCGUAGUUCAGCUAAUAAUCCAUUGAUUGCGUUCUCCUUUGAUGAACUUAAGAUAAUGACCGGCAACUUUAGACAAGAUUACAUGCUUGGUGGAGGAGGAUUUGGAAAUGUUUAUAAAGGAUUUAUUACUGAAGAUUUGAGGGAAGGAUUCCAACCAAUUACCGUAGCUGUUAAGGUUCAUGAUGGAGAUAACAGUUAUCAGGGCCAUAGGGAAUGGCUGGCUGAAGUGAUAUUUCUGGGCCAACUUUCACAUACAAAUUUAGUAAAGUUGAUCGGUUACUGCUGUGAAGCUGAUCAUCGGGUUCUUAUAUACGAGUACAUGGCUCGGGGAAGUGUUGAAAACAAUUUGUUCUCGAGAGUAUUGCUUCCUCUUCCAUGGUCCAUUAGAAUGAAGAUUGCCUUUGGCGCAGCUAAAGGACUUGCUUUUCUUCAUGAAGCUGAAAAACCUGUUAUCUAUCGAGAUUUUAAGACAUCUAAUAUCCUGUUAGAUCCGGACUACAAUGCAAAACUCUCUGAUUUUGGCCUAGCUAAAGAUGGACCAGUUGGAGACAAAUCUCAUGUUUCUACUCGCAUAAUGGGAACCUAUGGAUAUGCUGCCCCUGAAUAUAUUAUGACAGGUCAUUUGACUCCUAGGAGUGAUGUUUAUAGUUUUGGUGUUGUUCUUCUCGAGCUUCUGACGGGAAGAAAAUCACUUGACAAAACCAAACCAGCCCGAGAACAGAAUCUUACAGAUUGGGCUCUACCAUUGCUUAGAGAAAAGAAAAAAUUGCUCAAUAUUAUAGAUCCAAGACUUGAUGGAGAUUAUCCCAUAAAAGCUGUUCAUAAGGCUGCAAUGCUUGCUUAUCAUUGCCUAAAUCGCAAUCCAAAAGCACGACCUUUGAUGAGAGACAUAGUAGAUUCCUUAGAGCCUCUUCAGAUACCCGAUGAAGUUCCAACAAGUGAGAAGCUUACUUUGACUGUGAUUACUGAUACACCCAAUGGAGUUAUCAAAGAGAAGGUGCAAACUUCAACAUGAUUACAAGGUUUUCUAACUUCCCUAGCAUUAACAGAAUGAUCUGGUACAAUGAUUUACUUUCCUGUAAUACAAUACAAUGCUUGACUUUCUUGUAAUACAAAGAAACAGAGUUCUUAUUUGGUCUUUUAA